AGUUGAGCAUUGGAGUUAAGCGACCUCUCCCCGCACCCCAUCACAAUGGCGAUUGCGUUUGCAUAUUAAAAUGUAUACAAGCGUUGUCUUUAAAAAAGGUUUGUCCGAAGGAAAAACGGAAGUAAGCCAAUACACAAAUUCGCAUCGCAACUACAAACCACUGUAUCUACAAACCUGGUUUCAAGAUUUUUGAAAGGCCUUUGUAGUGUAGGUAAAAUGGCCCUUUUCGAAAGCCGUCCUACGUUGAAGUUCGCACGUAUAACAGAACAUGCAUUUACUCCACGAAAAGGCUCAGACAAAGCUGCAGGCUUGGACAUGAAAAGCGCUUACGAUGCCGUGGUUCCGGCUCGCGGCAAAGCACUCAUCAAAACAGACUUGCAAAUUGAAUUACCCCCUAAUUGCUAUGGUAGAGUGGCUCCUCGUUCAGGGUUAGCUUUGAAGAACAGUAUUGAUGUUGGUGCUGGUGUGAUAGAUGAAGACUAUCGUGGCAAUAUAGGAGUUGUACUCUUCAAUCAUUCUGAUGAGGAUUUCCAAGUAAAGAAAGGAGACCGUAUUGCACAAUUGAUCUGUGAGAGGAUAUACUAUCCUGAAGUAGAAGAAGUAAAAACUUUAAAUGAAACAAAGAGAGGAGAAAAUGGAUUUGGUUCUACAGGCACACAGUAACAAUCACAGUUUGAUUUAUAAUCCCGCCGUUUAUGAAUAGUAUUUUUUAAUAGUAUUUUGUUUUUUUUUUUUUAAUUUUUAAGGUUGUGAAAUAGUGAGAUGCAAACAUUUUACUACCUCAAGUGCCUUUAAAUGGUUAUUCAGUAAGCCAUGCUAAAUCCCUCUGAUGCAUUCUAUUCUAUUUGAGUCAUCAUUUUAUGUACUUGUGGUCACUGUAGUGUAGCUAUCAAGAAACUGACAUAGAGAUACCUAUUGCAAAGAAACUGUUCAAAUAAACUGUUUUAUCACUUAUUAUAAGUACUAAUACAUAUGGAUCUUAGGUGUUUGUGAUUAUUUUAAUUUUCCUAAGUAAGGAGUUUCAGUUCAUCAAUACAUAAUAAAACAGUAAAAAAGU